UCGUCAUAUAAACUAUCAAAUCGUCACAACGAAGUUGCAGAAUCUUUUUUCUUUCUCUCCAUAAGUUCUCUGUUUCCAUUUUGUAUCGCCUACCAUUCUCAGCUCUCUCAAAGCAAGAAAAUGGAUGAAGAUUUUGUAAGGGACUCACGAAAGGGGAAGGCAAAGCUUGAAGAAGAAGAAGAAGAUCCAGAUCCAAAUCCAAAUCAAAAUCCAGACUCUCUACUGACUUUACCUAUACCGAAAAGCUAUAGCAAUUUUGAGGAAGAUGUCGUUUAUCUGAAAAUUGUUGGUCCUCAAAGAAACUAUGAAGAAGUUACAAUCGAUACUCCAGAAGAAGUGAAGAAGAUACAGUUUAGGUUUCGUAACAAAGAAUUUAACAGGAUUCUUGGGAUAGACGAUGAGAGGAUAAUCAACAUUCAAAGUGUCUCAGGAGCCACAAUUGGGAUUCUAUCUGAUACUGCAGCCAAGAUUCAUCGCCACUUAUAUCUAGAACUACUGGGUACUGCUGACGAAAUCAAAAUUGCUGAACUCCUCAUUACAGAUGUAAUCACAGAGGGUUAUGUAAAGCCAUUUGUCCCAAGAGCUUUAAUGCCAACACAUAUCUGUCAUCAUGCAACACCUAUUCUUUUUACCCAAGUUAUACCUUUCUUGGGCUUCAGUGACAGCAAUCUUUUGAAAAUGGAAUCAAAAUCCAAUACUUGGAUAGAGGUGGAUACAUAUCCUCCUGAUGAAGAGAGAAUCAUGGAGAGAAUGGUCAACAUAUAUGGCCAAGGGCUGGAUGUUACUAAAGCGAUCAUGAUGAUUGACAGUUGGGUUUCUGAGUUUGAAACAAAAUUUAGAGUGAAAAGUGAAGUUGUUAUUGAAGAAGUUGAAUCUGAUGAAGAAUCUGAGAAGAUGGAGGAAGAUGAAAAACAGAAAGAUUGUGAAGAAGAUGAUUAUGGAAUGAAAGAAGGUGAUGAUGAAGUGGGAAAUUAAGCAAAAGGUUAAUGGGAAUAGAAAAAGAAGAUGAAAGAAUUUUGUUUUAGUGGUUAAAAAGAAUUGGAAAUUGUUGUUGUAAAUGUAAAACAUGCAUGGAAAGUGUUACGGAAGAAUAAUGGGUUUUUGUGUAGGAGUAAAAAUUGAAUUUGUUUCAUUAGAAAGAAGAACAAAAAAGUGUUACAUAUAUAGUCUUGUUGUGUA